CAUCAAGAGUGGGAAAGAGCCAAAGUGGGAAGGAGCAUGGGUUGAUUGGCACAAAAGUAGGUCUGUUGAUAAAGAAUGGAAGUAAAGGGGACAUCAGGUAGAAGCUUUUGCUGUGAGUCAGAAGGAAAAUUUAAAACCCUGAAGAGGCGCACACCGUCUGUGUUGCUGCCGUCCAGUUGGAAGGGAACCUCAGGUUCUUGCCUACUGGCCAGAGCCCUUCACAGAAUGUCCCCCACCCCUGCCAAGCCCAGCUGCCCACCGCCCCUCCCCCUCUGCAGAAUGCCUGGGGUCCUGUGUUCAAACCUAUUUACAUUCAAAUUUUCCCUGCUUCAGUUGGACUCAGGAGUAUCUGCUGAGUCAGGUCACUCUCUAGGUCCUGCCCUUGACUUUUUUCACUGCGGAAGCUGCCAGACAGUGGUGGUCAGUACCCAGCCUGAGGGGAUGGCUUCAAAUGGAGCAUGCCCAGUGCUGGGACCGGGCAUGACCAUGAACCCUGGCACCUCCCUGUCUGUGUUCACGGCUUUGCCCUUCGCCACACCCGCUCCCAGCCUAGCACAUGGGCUGCCCCUUGUGACUGCAGCAGUUCCUCCAGGCAGCCCUCUGGUGCUGUCUGCCUUCCCCAGCACACCUCUGGUGGCAGGACAGGAUGGCUGUGGCCCGCGUGGGGCCGGGGCUUCCAACGUCUUUGUCCAGAUGAGGACAGAAGUGGGGCCUGUGAAGGCCCCUCAGGCACAGACCUUGGUCCUAACUCAGGCUCCCCUCGUCUGGCAGGCUCCAGGCGCCCUCUGCCGAGGUGUCGUGUGUCCACCUCCCCUACUCCUGGCAGCUGCUCCUGGGGUGCCCGUUACAUCUGCCCAGGUGGUUGGUGGCACCCAGGCCUGUGAGGGAGGCUGGUCCCACGGCCUUCCUCUUCCACCACCACUGGCUGCCCAGGUGGCCCCCAUCGUGUCCCCAGGGAAUGCUGGGCCAUGGCCACAAGGGGCUCAUGGAGAGGGCAGCCUGGCUCCCUCCCAGGCCAAGGCCCCGCCGGACGACUCCUGUAACCACAAGAGUGUCUAUGAGAACUUCCGACUCUGGCAGCACUACAAGCCUCUGGCCUGGAGGCACCUUCCCCAGAGUCCUGACACUGAAGCACUUUCCUGCUUCCUAAUCCCAGUUCUCCGAUCCCUGGCCCGGUAGUAGCCCACCAUGACACUGAAGGAAGGACUGUGGAGGGCCAUGUGGGAAUGGCAGCACACGAGCAACUUUGACUGGAUGAUCUUCUAAGAGAUGGCGGAAAAGUUCCUGGAGUUUGAGGCUGAGGAGGUGAUGCAGAUUCAGAAGUCGCAGUGGAUGAAGGGGCCCCAGUGCCUGCCUCCUCCAGCCCCGCCGAGGCUUGAACCUCAAGGACUCCCUGCCCCUGAGGUGGUCAAGCAGCCAGUGCACCUUCCCAGCAAGGCCGGCCCCAAGGCCCCGACUGCCUGCCUGCCACCACCCAGGCCCCAGAGGCCAGCAGAGACCAAGGUCCCUGAGGAGAUCCCCCCAGAAGUGGUGCAGGAGUAUGUGGACAUCAUGGAGGAGCUGCUGGGGUCUCACCUUGGGGCCACAGGGGAGCCUGAGGAACAAUGGGAAGAGGGCAAAGUGGGGCAGCCGCAGGAAGAGGAUGGGGUGACCCCAGACCCAGGCCUCCUGAGCUACAUCGACAAGUUGUGUUCCCAGGAAGACUUUGUCACUAAGGUGGAAGCCGUCAUUCACCCCUGAUUCCUGGAAGAAUCUUCCCCAGAUCCACAGAUGGAUUUCUUGGCCCUAAGCCGUGAGCUGGAGCAGGAGGAAGGACUCACCCUUGCGCAGCUAGUGGAGAAGCGCCUCCUACCCUUGAAGGAGAAACCGCGUGCAAGGGCAGCCCCUAGUCAUGGCACGGCCCGGAUGGACUCAAGUCCUAAGUUUGCAGCUGGCCAAGGAGCAGAGAGAGACGUCCCUGACCCCCCACAAAGGGUCAGCGUGGAAACCUUCCCACCCCAGACGGCUGCCCGGGACCCUCAGGGACAGGGCAGAGUGCGCACUGGCAUGGCCUGGUCCAAAGAUGUGCUUUUGGGAUAUCAGGAUUCCCCCGGGCUGAGGGCUGCCCGGCCAACCUCUCCUCCCCAGAACCACAGACCCACCUGCCCCAGCCUGGGGACCAAUGACACCUUGGAUCUCCCUGGAGGGUCUCCUGUCAGGGAGUCACACAGGCUGGCUAAUGCGUCAAGUGAGGAGAGGGAACUCCCUGGCAUGGUCUAUGUCGUGGGUUCCCACCAUAGGCUGCGGCCCUGGAGGCUGUCCCAGAGCCGUGUCCCUUCCUUGGGCCUUCCCAGCCCAGGAAGGCGAGGACCCCAGGGAGUUCUUCAGUCUCCAUCUGGUCAGAGAAGAGGCCUCAGCCCAGCAUAGUCUCCUGCCACCAAGUCCAAGAAGCGACCUCUCUUUGGAAGCCUAUCCCCUGCUGAAAAGACGCCCAACCCAGGGCCUGGGCUCAGGGUCUCUGGGGAGCAAUCCCUGGCUUGGGGGCUGGGUGGACCCUCACAGUCUCAAAAGAGAAAGGGUGACCCCUUGGUCUCCAGGAGGAAGAAGAAGUGGCACCGUAGCCAGUAGGGGCCACCAUGGGGCAGGCUCUCUGGUGCCAAUCCCCAAGGGUGGGGCUCUGAACUCUCGGACCCUCAUGGCACCCAAAGCAAGGUUGCUUCUCCUCCAGUGCUGAUCUUGC